AUGAUCGCAUCACCAACCGCCGUCGCCGUCGACGAGUUCAUCAAGCAAAUGUCCACGGUUUUCAAGAGCAAUGACUACAUUGAAUUUCCCGGCGCGCAGCUGCAGGUUAUGCCAGAAAAGCACUGCAUUAUUACAUGGGACACUCGCCAGGACGACAGCUGCCCAGGUCACAUUCUGAAAUGGGACGACACAAACGCCGACUACAUCAUCGUCACCAGCUCUCAGUACUCAAAAAAAGUUGCCUCUCGAAAGUCCAACUCGCCAAGGGCCGUACGCUUCAUGAUCCCAGCCAAGACUGAAUGCGGAAUGCGACAGCUCGUGCGCGACACAAUGGAGGACCUCCAGAAGGAUCCAGAACUUCAGGAGAAGGCUGCAAUAAAGUCUGUUAGCCUCGUGGAGGAUACGCCACGCAAAGCGGUUUGGCAUCUUACACGAACUGAGGAGCGACGAGACUGA